AUGGAGUUCCCGGAGCACGGCGCGCGGCUGCUGGGGCGCCUGCGGCAGCAACGCGACCAGGGCUUCCUGUGCGACUGCACCGUGCUGGUGGGCGCCGCGCGCUUCCCGGCCCACCGCGCCGUGCUGGCCGCGUGCAGCGUCUACUUCCAUCUCUUCUACAGGGACCGGCCGGCGGGCAGCCGCGACGCGGUGCGGCUCAACGGCGACGUGGUCACGGCGCCCGCCUUCGGCCGCCUGCUGGACUUCAUGUACGAGGGCCGCCUGGACCUGCGCAGCCUGCCGGUGGAGGACGUCCUGGCCGCCGCCAGUUACCUGCACAUGUACGACGUCGUCAAGGUCUGCAAGGGCAGGCUCAGGGACCGGGGCCGCGCGCUGCACCGGGGGACCCCCGCCGCCCGGGCCGAGCCGCCGGACCAGCCCCCGCACCCCCAGCCCGCCCGGUCCUCGGUGUUCUGCCCCGCGGCCCCAAAGGCCCAGCCGCCCCGGACUGGGGUCCACGCCCUCCCUCCGCGAGCCCCGGGCCCCCCUCCCUGGCAGGGCCCUGGAGACUCGGACCGGGCCCUGGACCUGUCACUGAAGCGGAGCCCCAGGCGGGAGCCAGUCCACCCACCCUGCGUCCUCCAGACAGCCGCCUGCCGCCUGAGGCAGCCUGGCCUCCCGCCGCCGGUGAAGGACUCGCGGGACUCGCUGUCGGAACCCGAGGACGACGGCGGCCCUCGCGGCCCUCACCGCCCCCUGCAGCCCCCCUGCGCUCCUGCAGCUGAGCGCCGGGCUGUGGGCUUGGAGCCGCUGCCGGCCGCUGGUGCGGGCGGCGCGCAGCUGGAGCUGGAUGCAGAGCAGGGGACCAGUGGGGGCGAGCUGGGUCCCGGCGGGCCCCUCCGCGUCUGCCCGCUGUGCACCAAGCUGUUCCCCGGCGGCCGCGGCCUGCAGCUGCACCUGAGCGCCCACUUCCGCGAGCGGGAAGGGGCCCGGGCCCGGCUGUCGCCUGACGGCGCGCUGCCCACCUGCCCGCUCUGCGGGAAGACCUUCUCCUGCACCUACACGCUGAAGAGGCACGAGCGCACGCACUCGGGCGAGAAGCCCUACACGUGCACGCAGUGCGGCAAGAGCUUCCAGUACUCGCACAACCUGAGCCGCCACGCCGUGGUGCACACGCGCGAGAAGCCGCACGCCUGCCGCUGGUGCGGGCGCCGCUUCACGCAGUCCGGUGACCUCUACCGCCACGUCCGGAAAUUCCACUGUGGCUUGGUCAAGUCCCUGCUGGUGUGACCUGUCCUCGUGGGGCGUGGUGUGGCGUGACCUGUCCUUGGGAGGGCAGGGAGGGGCUGCCCAGGUGGCUGCAGGGACGGAAGGCGAGGGAUGGGAGCUCCAGGUGGCAGGGAGCCCCCGUGCUGCAGCUCCCAGCGGAAGGGCCCCCACUGCCCCUGGACCGCAGUGCCAGACUUGGGGGCACUCGGCAUGGCUGGGUCCGCCCUCUUCCCCACCUUGCUCCCUCCCCCCAGCCUCCAAUGGACUCCGUCCCCCAGCUGUGCCCUGACCUUGAUCACUGUCUUCCUCUCCAUCCCCUGAGUCAGCUCCAUGGGGUCUGGGGAGGUGGGGGGUGGGGGUGGGGGGUUGUCCCUAGGGCCCUGAACUCCAGCCCAGCCACCAUCCUUGAACCAGGAAGGAGAACGCACUUCUGCCUCCGAGGGGGGCUCUCCUGACCACCUCGCUAACUCGCUGGGGCAUACCCUCUGGAGCCCGACACCAGGCAUGGUAGAGAACUCGCACAUCACGGAAGUCGCCAGCAUGUCCGGAAAAGGGCACUUGGAUGGACCAGGCCCUUUCUGGUGGAUGGCAGCAGGAGCCUUCCUGGGAGGCCCCGGGCACAGGGGGACGAGGACAGCCGGGGACAUCGAGGCACAGCUGGUGUGGCUGGGCUGCAGAGCCAGCCAGAUGCCAAGGGGCUCCUGCAUUCCCGGUGCUGGGGCAGGAGGUGGGUCCCCGGAGCCAGUGACCCUGACCACACUGCAGGUAGCUGGGAGAGAGGAAGUCGCAGUUUGGGAACAAUUCUCUUUAGACGGAGAGAGAGCUUCCCUGAGGUUGCCAGAUGUCUGCCCACGGGCGGUGGGCCGUGCUGCUUCCCUGCCUGAGCUCGGGGUGCGGGGUGCCUCAGAGCAUCCCUUGGGUGGGGCCAGGAGGGGCCUUGAGUGUCGCAGGCUGCCACAGGGCUCCAGUGGGCCUCACCCUGAGGUACUUGGCUUGCCCGCUUGAGGUCUCCCCAGAGCAGCCCAUCAUUUCCAGAGCACCGAGCUGGGGGCCAGUGCAGGGCCAUGUUUGCAGGCUCUCCCUUCCCUCCAGCAGGGCCUGGGUGCAAGCUGCCAUCGAACAGGGAGGGGACAAGCACCUGCUGGGCUGGGGUCACGGCCCCCCACUGUCAUCCACAGCUCCUAGACCCGUAGCUGGGGGGGGGGGGUCACCCAGCCAGUCUUGCUGCCCGAGUGUGAUUAUGACAAAGGGGGAGACGGGGCCUUGUCCCCACUUCCAAGAGCCUCCUGGACUCCUCGGGUCCGCGGACUGGAGGCACUGAGGACAGAGUCCAGCCAAGCUUAAGUGAUUUUCUCAUAUCCUGGCUACCACUUGAUGUCAUAUUUAUUUGUCUGCCUGGUCUGGAGUGAGAUGACCGAUGGCCUUCAUGGCAGGUGGGCGGAAGGGACGGUCUCCCCGCGCUCCCUCGGCUCUCCCAGCAGGUGGACGGCCUGCCACGUGCUGCAGGGCCUUUCCUGGUGCGCAGGGCUCCGAGGCCCUGGCCCAGCCGCAGACCAGAGCGCACUGAGGAAGGGGCCCCUGCUUGAGAUCGUCCUGACGGUGGGCUCCUCCAAAAGGGCUACCUCACACUCCGUGUCAUGUCCUCCAUGAGCAGGUUUCCGUGUGUGUGUGUGUGUGUGUGUGUGUGUGUGUGUGUGUCUCCAGCAAAUGGCGAGGUGAGCCAUGCCCACAGCCCCGCCACACGGCAGGGAGAGGUGGCCGCCCUGGUUUUCCCCAGAGGUUCCGUGGGGGAAGAAGCGGACUUUCCUCCUGACUUACCAACACUGGAUUCAUUGUCUUCGGCAAACAGUUACUGUGAAGUUAAUGUAAAGAGAAGUGGUUAGUUUUUAAUGUGACAACCAACACCGGUCCAAGGUACCCUGUAUGUCUGACGCACAAACGUGCGGAUGUGUGGCAGAGGCGCACGGAUGCCGUCCGAGGGGGGCCUGCUGUGUGGGGUCCUCCUGGUCCUGUCCCGCCCCCUCCCCGCGGUCUCAUGCUGCUCUGCUCCAGGGUGGAUGACCCCUGGGACCCAGAGGACACGGGUUUGCGUGGGACGGUGGGCUUGCGCGCACCCGCCUGCCACGACAGCCUGGACACCGGAGCUGUCCUGUGUGUCAUCAUCGUCUUCAUGCUGACCCUGCUAAUAAAGUCUGCACCCCGUGGA